CCAAGUCAAGUGAGAGACACAGUGACAAAGGAGUACCACACAGCUCGGUGCUGGAACAGAGUUGAUGGUAUUUUAAAGAGUUUAAAUAGACAAAGUGUUUUCUUUUUAAACACAUCAUCAGGAGCCAACUAUGGAAGAGGGAUUACACUGUCGCUCAGUAGAGAUAUUUUGGCUGUACUGCAUCCUGUUCACCGUGGCUGCAGCCAAAGGGGUGAUGUCUGACGCCACAAUUACUGUUUCUGCCCCCCAUCUGUACUACACCUGUCCUGAAGGUGCAACUGUCAAACUGGUGUGUACCCAAAGAGGCACUGCCAUGCACCCCACUGAUGUCUUGAAGCACGGCUGGUUUUUCACACCCCAUAGCGAUCAGCAGUGUUCAAAAAAAAUGGGCCCACACCACACAACCUCAGGUGGUCAUUCCCAUGGCAACCACAGUGCGACACAAGUGCAAUUUGGAUAUUCAGAGCAUAAUUUCUGGGUGGCUCUGCAGAACGUGACCCGCGCUGACCAAGGCCGCUACUGCUGUAUGUUACUGGACUACCAGGUGGCUCAUAAACAUGGCACCGUGAUACAGAGACAGCACAGCCACAUUGUUCUCCAUGUUACACCACGGAGAGAGGGAUCUCAAGAUUGCACUGUCUGGGAUCCCGUACCAUCUGGAGGCUCUGUUCCAAUGGCCUUGGCCAUAGCAGCGUGCAUCUUGGCUCUGCUCUUUCUGCCACUUAUUUUGGUGCUUGUGUACAAACAAAGGGAAAAAGCCCAGUCGAGCAGACGUGCACAAGAGCUGGUGAGGAUGGACAGUGAGGCCCAUGGUCAUGAAAACCCAGUGUUCCUUGGGGGGUCACCACAGAUCCACACCCGCACCGUCUCUCAGAUCAUGACCAGACAGUCCUCAGAUACAGGACGCCACCUGUUGUCUGAGCCCGGAACCCCUCUGUCUCCCCCUGCACACGGGGACGUGUUCUUCCCAAUAGAGGACACCAUCCCAGAGUCUCCAGACUUAAACUGGGAGUAAACCUCAUUCAUUGCUGUAACUGCUGAUCUGGACAUAGUCCCGCAACUCUCUUCCUCUUCCCUGCCUUCAGAGAAAUGUUGCCCUUUCAAGCUGCCUCACAAUAACCUCUGCUGGGAUUGUCAUCUGUACAUUGUCUGGACCACAGGAUUAUUUCCACCUGCAACAACAGCUGGAGGCGAAAAGCGAACUUUUCCUUCAGAGCACUUGUGUUGCGGUGGGGGCUGGGUUUGUGUGUGUGUGUGUGUGAUGCGCCAUCUAAACGCCGACAAUAGCUUGUGGCUUGUUGUUUGGCUGGGCCUACUGCUUGAAAUGAACAGAGUGCUGAGGACGGGGCUCCUGCCAUGUGUGUGUGAGUGAAGCUGUGGACUCCAAAUCUUCCUCCACAUACGAGUUGUUUGCUGCAAUUCAAACUUAUGACCAACUCAGUGUAAUCAUUAUCCGGCAGACCUUUAUAUUUUCUCUCCCCCCCCCCCCCUCUUCGCUACCUCAGUUACUGUUAGCUAUGAUGCUCUAAGUACUCUCCUUCCUUCCUGUACUCUAGAUACACAGCACUUCACAGUGGCCUUAAACAUAAUUAUAUGGUGCUGAAAAUUUUCCGCCAGAACAGUAUUUUCAGAAAACAAAAAAUACUGUUUACAAUGCUGUUCCUGUUGACAAUGGUUUAUUGUCACCCAUGCUCGUGUACAGUUUCAUUAUGAGGACCAAAAUGUUCACUGAUUUUGAGUUUUAUGUUUAAACAUAGUUUUAUCACUGCCACCACAAUGCUGUUUUGUGGGAAAACUGUAAUUUCCUUUGAUUUUCUGUAUUUUGUGUGUGUUGUGUGCAAUGGGACUAAAAUGCUGUUGUAGCAGAUGUGAGGAGAGAAGUUUAUGGUUGUAAAAUGAAAACCAGUGCAGGAGAAGUGUUUGCUAUUGACUGCAGCGUUGUCUGUGAGUGGCUGUGUGAAACCACUGGUGUGUUGUUUUUUUUUUUUUACAUCGAGGUAAAAUAUGUACGGCAGGUGUCUAAACGGAAAUCAUCUCCUUUUGAUGUGUAGCAUUGUGUAGGACAGGGUAUUGUGCAUGUAUGAUUGUGUUCUACUGUUUUCCCUCUGACAAGUUUCAUACUUUGAAGAACAUUCAGUGUUUCAGUGUCUGUUGUGACAAAUAUGUCAGUGUUCCUGAUUAAGUGUGUAUGAGUCUGUGUGUGUGUGUGUGUGUGUGUGCAGAUGUGCAUAUUUGCAUAUUUGCAGACAAUUUUGCAAUUUCUGUUUGCGUUUCAUACGCUAAAAUGCUCACUUUAGACAGAGACCGAGCAAUGCAUUUAAAGCACAUUUGCUCUGUAUAUUGCAUUUAAAUUGUCCCGGUUGUAGCUUGUACAUUAAAGUGGAGCUCUUAAACCUUAGAA